UGCAUGACUGAGAACAAAAUGGAACCAAUCGAUAAUUAUCUCUGCAGAUACAAGAACCACAUCUUUUUGAAGUCUGGGGUAACUGCAGAGUACAUUGAUUCACUCCAGACCUUUAAAAUUCUGGACAGUGACAUAUUUGUCGUUACUUAUCCAAAAUCAGGUACUAUAUGGAGUCAACAGAUCAUCAUCUCCAUCUGUGACUUAGCAGGAGGUCUGAAUGAAUACUCAAACAACUGGGAGCAGAUGCCGUGGCUGGAGUACACGGAGGGUCAUGAAGACUACUCUCUACGGCCGUCACCAAGACUCUUCACUUCUCACCUCAUCCCAGCCCUCAUGCCUCCAGGACUGAAGGACAAGAAGGCAAAGAUUGUGUAUGUGAUGAGAAACCCAAAGGACAUCGUCACAUCUUUCUACCACUUCUGUCAGAUAGCGAUAGUUAUAACAGGAUCCUGGUUUGAUCACAUCAGACAGUGGCACGCAACUAAAGACGAGUACAACAUCCUCUUCUUGACCUAUGAGGAGAUGGUUUUGGACUUUCUGGACAAAAUGCCACCACAGGCAGACAAACUAACACUGCCUCCUACUGGACAGAAGCAGGAAUGA